ACUGGUAUCUAUGGUUGCAAAUUUAAGGAUGAUUUAAGGUAAACGUGUGUGGGAGAAUGUAUUAUAGAAAAAGUGUUAAAUAUGUUGUAAUUUUACAAGUUGGGGCGUUAAUGGAUUCAAAUUAGUGUUUCGAAGAUGCUUGUUAGUGCCUGUUUCUGUUCAAAAUAAUGCUGGUGACAAUAUUAAGCACCAGAGAACGUUUCAUCAGUCAACAACCUAUUAAAUUUAUGUAGUUCAUUCAAGAUGGCUGAAAUUUAAUAUACGUAUUUGCCCGUAUUUUAUAUGGUUCAGUAUGAUAGUGAAGUGGAUCGUGGAUGACGGGAAUGCGUGACAUGUUUAUUCAAUCCCAACAACUGGGAACAGAUACUACUGGUGGACCUGUGCAAUCUAAAAAACGAAAACUUGAGCAUCAUAGCAACGAUAAUCAGUCGACAGAAGCAUUUCAACAACACCAUCAUCAUUCUCAUAACGUGUUUUAUAACCAUCAUCACCACCACCAGCCAGCUGACGUGGUGGUAAAUAAUGUUAGUCCAGAAAAUGAUAACGUUGUCAAUAAUAAUGACAGCAAUCAAUGUACAUUUGUUAGAACAUCAACCAUCAAAUUAUUAGAUACUUAUCAACGGUGCGGCCAGAAGCGGAAAGCUUGGUCGCAGGAAGGUAAUGGUGAUAGUAGAGGAGCUCAACAAAAUAAAAAUAACACAGACGGUAUCAGUAAUACAAUCAUCACGACGGCCCACAGCAAAGUCACUGCGGCCGCGGGGGCCAACCCUCAGCCGCAAGCAGGCGGUGGUUCCGGAAGUGGCUCUGACGGAGACUAUCAGCUUGUACAGCACGAGGUUUUGUAUUCCAUGACUAAUCAGUACGAGGUACUUGAGUUUUUGGGGCGUGGUACUUUCGGCCAAGUAGUGAAAUGUUGGAAGAAGGGUACAAACGAAAUCGUGGCCAUUAAGAUCUUGAAAAAUCAUCCUUCUUAUGCCAGACAGGGUCAAAUUGAAGUGAGCAUUUUGUCAAGACUUAGUCAGGAAAAUGCAGAUGAAUUUAAUUUCGUCCGUGCAUAUGAGUGCUUUCAACACAAGAACCACACGUGCCUUGUGUUUGAAAUGCUUGAACAAAACCUGUACGACUUCCUCAAACAGAACAAGUUCAGCCCUCUACCUCUUAAGUAUAUCAGGCCUAUUCUGCAGCAAGUACUUACUGCGUUGCUGAAAUUAAAGCAACUUGGCCUCAUUCAUGCAGAUUUAAAGCCUGAGAACAUAAUGUUGGUUGAUCCGGUGAGGCAGCCUUAUCGGGUUAAAGUCAUAGACUUUGGUAGUGCAAGUCACGUUAGUAAAGCUGUUUGUAAUACAUAUUUGCAAUCAAGGUAUUAUCGUGCACCUGAAAUAAUUCUGGGACUUCCCUUCUGCGAGGCUAUCGACAUGUGGUCUUUAGGAUGCGUCGUAGCCGAACUUUUCUUGGGCUGGCCUCUAUAUCCUGGAUCUUCUGAAUAUGAUCAGAUACGGUACAUAAGCCAAACUCAAGGUUUACCAACAGAACAUAUGUUAAAUAAUGCGUCAAAAACGACAAAAUUUUUUUAUCGUGACAUGGACAGCACUUACCCGUUUUGGAGAUUGAAAACGCCCGAAGAGCAUGAAGCCGAAACUGGAAUAAAAUCAAAAGAGGCAAGGAAAUAUAUUUUUAACUGUAUCGAAGAUAUCGGUCAAGUCAACGUUCCCAAUGACUUGGAAGGCGGACAAUUAAUGGCCGAAAAGGUUGAUCGAAAAGAGUUCAUUGAUCUCCUAAAGAGAAUGCUUACGAUGGACCAGGAAAGACGAACAACUCCGGGAGAAGCUCUUAAUCAUUCGUUUGUACGUUUGGCCCAUCUUGUCGACUAUGCUCAUUGUAACAACGUAAAGGCUAGCGUGCAAAUGAUGGAAGUGUGUAGACGAAGCGAUUACAACGGCUCAAAUUCCGGUUCUCAUCAUCAACCGUCCCAACAGGCACCCUCACUUGUGGCAAAUUUUGUACCGAAUUCUAACGGUAAUGUGACCUUCACUAUAAACAAUCAGCUUACGAGCCAGGUACAAAGGCUGGUAAGGGAAAGGUCAGGUUACGAUAACUUGUAUCAAAUAUAUAAUGGCCGUUCAGUCGGUCGACAAUAUACAACGGGAAGUCGAGCAGAUCCUUUCCAACAUCAGCUCGUUUCAAGUAUCCUGUGUCCAGCAAGUUAUCAAGGAAUGGGAGGGUCACCUGCAAAACAUGUGACGGUGGUACAACAACCUCCUCUUCAGAUUCAACCUCCGAUACUAAGCCAGCCUGGUCAACAACAAUACGUGCCCGUUAGCGUAAUGGAACCAAGCGGAAGACAAAUGUUGCUCACGAAUGCCGUACAAACCUCUUGGCCAACUAAUCGUCAAAUGGCGAUAGUACCAUCGUGGCAACAAAUACCCCCCCAACACGCAGCCACUAUCCAGCAGCCUUUAUUAUCGGACGCACCAGAAUGGGGGCGCCCCCUUAUAGUCGAUUCCACGGCCAUUCUGCAGGAGCAAAGGCAAGUAUUUCCCGUUGAUGUAACUGCUGAGGUCUAUAAUCCAGCGUUGGUGGAGCAUACUGCCACCAACUGGAGUACCAGCAAGAGAGGAAUCAAGAACCAUCAUAUGCAGCCUGCUAGUUCUCAUCAUACUAGUCACCAUCAUUUGAUGGUACCAGCUCAUCAUAAGUCUCAUCAUGAAAAGAAGGAACAAACUCAAUUAAGUCCCGUUAAAAAACGUGUAAAAGAGAGCACGCCUCCAUCAGAACACCUCAGUAAUUCUUACAGUGGCAGUAACAGAAGGAAUUUUAGUCCUAACAGUAAUGGACAUUGGCAACAUGUACAACAACCGCAAAACAAUAGUAAGCACUCGCAUUCUUACAAUCACAAUCACGCGCCGGCAUCCUCUUCUAAUAACAGGAGCAACCAUCACCACCAUCAUCAUCAUCGUCAUCACCGCCAGCAUACGAUAACGAUAAACGAUACUCCUUCUCCUGCUGUAUCAGUGAUAACUAUAUCGGACAGUGAAGAUGACAGCAGCGGCGGAAGCAACGGUAGCAUAGGAGGAAUUUCGACCUCAAGAACAGUCGUAGCUCCACCUUCUAAACCAAAUAGUUCGAAUAGGAAUAGUGGCGCACCUCCAUCUAUUAGCAAUAUUGAAGGUAAUUGCCAUUCAUCUGGAAACGGAAGUAAUCAUCAUAAGAAUGUGGUAAAUUGCGUUACUUUACCAGACAGUGAUAACGAAGUUGAUAAUCGUACUCCUGACAAGCAUCACCAAUCCAGCAGCGGUUAUCAUCAGCAGAUAAUUAAACACGAGCCUCCUGUUCAACCUUCAAUUGCGACGUCGUCGUCUUCGUCUUCUGGGAGCAGUUAUGCACAGUCGCAGAAGAAACGUCUUCUUGCAAAAGCGCAAUCAGAAUGCAUGCUGAGUGUUCCCACAAAACAGGAGCCGGUUGAAUAUCACCAGCAGAACAGAUCAAACGAGUAUCUUGUACCUCCUCAAUCACAAUCGCAGGCCCAUUCUAGUUCACAUUGUACCUCUGCCUGCAAGGAGCUGACUCAGUACCACUACAUUAAUUCAUCGAAUGGAAAUGAUGGACAAGAGCAGCAUGUGAUCUAUUCCUCGAAUGACAAAAGAGUAUCGUGGGCACCCCCCCCGACGGCUCAUGCUCCUAGUUCAUCUCAUAGAAGACAUUCGGUAGUACCUGCGGUAAAUUUGAGAGACUACAAUCUGACAGCGCAACAGCAUAAGGAUUAUGUACAACCACCCGCUGCUCACAGCACAAGGGAUAACUUAUUAGCUCAGUCUAAAAACUGGGGCCCACUACAAACUGUUCACCAAACAUACAGGUUAAUUCAUAAUACUGAUUGUAGACACAGCGGUACGCACAUUUCGCCACAACCUUUGGCCGGUGCUGCACGUUUAUCACCCCAACAUCACCUUGCUGCUGCGGGCCAGCCCCUUUAUCAUCAAACUGAUCUUUAUCGUCGUCCGGCUGUAUAUGUGACGACGACUCAACCUGCAUAUCUACCUGCUACUCAUCAAGUAGCACCUACUGGUUUAUUCUUACAGCAGAGGAUUACCUCCACCUCCGGCGCAUCAUUCCAGUGCCAGGCCGGUAAUUGCGAGUCACGCGAGUCAUCCGUUACCUGCUCAUCUACAAUUCCCCUCGCAUGGUCAGGUGGCCGCAUCAUACGGAUUUGCACCUUUGAGUCCUGCAAAAACGCACCAAUAUCAAACAAGUCUCUGGUUUGCCGAUUGAAAACUAACUAUGAUUCUUGAUAAAUUUUCAGAUUCUAAACUAAUAAGUAUGCUAUUUACAUUUUCGAAUUUUGUCGAUGUGAACGUCAUUUUUUUUUCUCGAUUUAAGGGGUAGGAAGAGGUUUAUUUUCUUACUUUUGUUUUUGUUUUGAUAAUGUGGACAUUGAAAAGUCUUCAGGCACUAUAUUGAAACUAUUCUGAAGAUUAAUGGAAAUAUUCAAUAUUACUUCAUGUAGUUUAAUACUAAGUAUCCAUUAUUCAAAAAAAAAGAAGACAUUGCAAUGUCAAAAAUAUUAUCUAACAAUGAAUGUGCUUUCUUUAUUGUUUUUACUUGUUAUUAAGUCUUCGGCGAGGUAGCUUUGGCUAUUUUGCAUGUAAAUAAUGCUUGUAUAUUUCAUAGACAAUUGUACAUACAUGAGAUAGUUUUUUUUUGUAAUUAAUAGUGUUACCAUUUUCUUAUUUAUUGUAAAUGAGUGGGGAACGUAGUUUAAAAGAGAAUUACUAAUUCUAUUAAUUUUAUUUAAAAAAUUUGGUUCGUAUUCUCAUUUACGAGCUUUCAAUGUCGAAAGUCUUUUGUUUUAUUGGGUUUCUUUUAACAAUAAUAAGCAUCAAAUGGAUAUUUAUUUUCAAAACUUUUUUUUAAUAGAAAUCAUUUAGUUCAUUUUUCGAUUUACUAAGAAUUUUAGUUCAUCAUUAACAAUGGCUGUGAAAAUACCUAUUUAUACCAAUUUUGCCGAUAAAUUUCCUUGAGGAUCCUGAUAAUAUUUGUCUAAACAAGUUUCAGUAAGAGUGCUUAUUAUUGUUACUAGGUAAUUUUAGUUUAUUGUAUUUUAUUUUUUACUUUGAAUUUGCGUAAUAACAUAUUACAUAUAAGGUAGUGCUUUUUGCUUGUUUACUUUAACGUUUAACAUUAAAACAAAUAGUUUUUGUCUAAUCAUAUUUACGUGUUCAAUUUUCGCAAAUACAAAUUUGAUUUUUAUUGUAGAAUAGGAGAUGUCUAACACAAAAACACUUCAGUUUUGAUUUUUUUUAAUGAGAGAUAAUGCAAUAACACUUGAGUUUCAAUUUUUCUGCAUUUUAGUUGCAAUUAAAGAUUUAAGGAGUUUUUUGUUUGUUAAUCGUACCGCUUCGACUUCUUCACAAUUAAUCGAUUCGUUAUCAAUUGCAGUAGUUUACACGAAUUUAUUAAUUUGAAAAACAAGGUUCGAAGGGGUUUGGUUUUUAAUUGAUAAAACUGUCAUACGGAAAAAAAACGAGGACCUCAAGUUUUGUUGCAUUUUUUCUUAAAUUAUGGAAAUUUUAUUUUAAUAGGAGUAAUAAACCUCGUUAUUAUACACUGGUGAAUCGAUAAAUUAAAUACCUACAAUUAUAUGUGAAAAUACAGGAAUUACAUACAUGUAUAUAAAUACGGAAUAUAAUUUGUUUAAAAUGAAACAGCAGCUCGGUUCACUGAAGUUUUUAUUUAUUAUUGGGUAGAGGCGUGCGGUUGGAAGCAUUUUUUAAAAAUAUGUUAAAUUUAUAAGAAAACGUUAAAUUAGUUCAGACUUUUAAUAUUUUUUUUAUUUAUCGUAUCGUGUUUUAAUUGAGUGUAUUUGUAAUCAAACAAUCGAUGUGCCUGC